UCUGUAUAUAAAUUCAGUGAAGAAAAAAAAAAGAAAAAAAUUAUUGCAUAUCAAGAGUUCUACACACAUAUAAAUAUAAAUUGAUAUUUGAACACGUGAGACGGGGAAAGAUCUGCCGAGGAAUUUAAUCGAUAUCGAAAAUGAAGAUGAGCAAAGUGGGUAACCAGACGAAUUCGCAGGAUCCACAAGCGGUUAACUCGCGGGUUUUCGUCGGUAACUUGAACACCUUUCAAUGCAGCAAAACCGACGUUGAACGCAUGUUUCAGCGCUACGGGCGUCUCGCUGGUAUCUCGAUGCACAAGGGUUACGCCUUCGUGCAGUUCACCAAUCCUUUCGACGCCCGUAGCGCCUGCCUCGGGGAAGAUGGCCGAACUGUACUUAGUCAAGUACUCGGUGAGUGUCCCCAGUGCUUAUAUGUGAACAUGGUGGCGGAACCAAAACCUCAUCAAACUGGACGCAAACGGCAAAACGUGGCCAAGACCGGGAACGACUGGGACUACUAUUACGACAGUUACUACGCUUCAACGGCCUUUCCACCGCGCUUGGCGCCCCCCUUGAAACGACCGCGUCUUAUGCCGCCGGCACGACCGCAGCAGCCGAAACAGCAGAAGCAGCAGGCGAACGCCAACAACACGACGGUACCGAGUUUGAAUCAGCUCAAAGUAUACAGCAAUCCCGACAUUCUGAUAUGCGGCAACUGCAGAGAAAUGUUCACAGACCUCGGCGAGCUUCUCGAACACAAGCGCAACUACUGUAAGCUACGAUUCACAUGCAAAUGUCACACCUUCAACGGAGCCACGCCAAAAAGUGACUCGACAGCGUCGCUGCUUUGCGUACUGUGCAAGGAUGCCUUCCCAUCGGCGUGGGAACUGAUGGUCCACGCGCAAGCGGCCCACAUGAUCAACAUUUACGAGUUGGGAACCAGGCCACAGAGCCCACGAUCUGGACAAAGUCCGUCACCUCACAGCCCGAGUCAAAUCGCUAAGGAAACUUCACCCUCGCCCCAGGAUCUUCAGGAAAACAAAAGGUUGGAGAGCGACGAACGCCCGGAGGAAGAGGAUCUCGACGGACACGAACACCUGCCUUCACCCGACAGCGGCAAGUCAACCGACAACGAGGGAAUAACGUCACCGAUCAAAAUGCGCUCCGGUGUACUCGGCUCCGACCACGAGGACUGUGACGAGCUUAUGGACGUCGAGAACACGGCACAGGCCUGCAUCAUGCACGCCCUCAGCAUUGAUUCAUCUGUGGAACGCAGUUCGAACCCGAGCUCGCGAGGGGGUCCAGCCGACCCGGUGGUUAUGGCGUUGACCAACGGCUCUCUAUCGGCAAAAGAAUGAACUAACUCUAGUCACAGAUUCGGCCUUCCCUCCUACUAAAAACGAGCAUGAAAGUCCCAGCUUCUACUCACCAGCAAUGAGACAUAUCGGGGACAUGCCCGUCUGUAAAUAGCUUAAGUGUCCCCCAAGCCACCCCGGUCAUCCCCCCUCCCCCGAAUACAAUUACACACGCAAACACACACGUACACACACACGCACGCAACGUGGAAACAAGUCCCCCCCCCAUCCUCCCUCUUGUUCCGCAGACUAAUUACGUAAGUAACUAACGUUGAUUUAGAGAAGAAGAAAAAAAUGUUAGCAAAGGUCGGUGAUUCGUCAUUGAAAACGUCCAGCUUGACAAUUGAAAUGUUUUAAUGCGAAAAAUGUAUAAUCUUGCCUACAAUGUAUUUUGCUAUACAGAGGAAGCUGCAGCAUGAUGUAUUAUAAAUUUGCUUGGUAUGGAUAGAAUUCGUAAUAGCACCCGUAUGGCGAUUGACGUUCAUAAUUUUGAUCUGAUGAAAUUGUGUUUGCAAAGAUCCCGGAUCGAAGGGUUGAUUUCGAUCUACAACUAGGGUUUUCCGAGCAUUUUUAUAAGGGAAUGUGAAAAGCUUCCUUGCGGUGUGUUGAAAAAUGCAAAACCUUAAUUACUCACUCAAGUCUUACCUUGUACAUAAUAAGUAAAAUAUAAUUAUAAUGAAAAAGUGAAUGAGAAAAAAAGAAAAGGGUAAUAUGAAAACGGUAUUAUUUUUCGACAAACAUAUAUAUUUGUGUGUACAUGUGUGAGAGUUUAACAUAUCAAAUCGUACUACUACUCACAGAAUAUGAAGAAGACGAGAAAACUGGACGAUUCGUUGACGACAAUCCCGAGGAAUUAAAUACGUCUAAUGUAAGUAGGCAAUGUUUAAAAUAAAUUGUAAAUAAAAUUCUCCAAAGAGACUAACUCCUAUAAGAUAAUACAUUGCGAUACUUUCAUGUAUGAACUUUACCGAGUCACGUGACCAGUUCAAUUUCCAUCCCUAAAACUUGCCGGCUAGGCAAUGCAUACUUAAGCUUAGAUUUUACUUUGAUUCGCUAUGAAGAGAAUCGGCAGCAAAACACCAGUUUCACCACCUAAUCCUAUAGUUUUAAAUAUCGAGAAAAAUCAUGAGAAAAGCGUACAGUAAA